UGGUCAGGCUGUGUGACUUUAGAAUGAUUGCAGCAUUUGUCUCUAUUUGCAUUAGUGCAAUCAGCUCAACUGUCCCCUUGUGUUACAUAUUAAGCUGUGCUUUGCAUCUUUUAUUGGCUACACUUUCCCUUUUGUUCCAUCAGUGGUUUGGCUUUUAUCAAGAUUUUUUAUUUUUUUUUAAGUUGGUUAAAAUUCUUAGAGCUUAUAGUAAGUUAAAGUUCACUCAAAAAUGUAAAUUCUGUCAUUUACGCACCCUCAUGUUAUUCCAAAACUAUAUGACGUUCUCUCUUCUGUGAAACAGUGUUUUUUGUCCAUACAAUGAAAGUCAGUGGGCUCCAGUGUUGUUUGGAUGCCAGCAUUUUUCAGAAUAUCUUUUAUGAAAGUCAUACAGGUUUGGAACGUCAUUAGGGUGAGUAAAUGAUGACGGAAUUUUCAUUUUUGAGUUAUUUCUUUAUACUUAGUACUUUCUACAUACAUGAAUUUUGUAUAUUAGUUUCUUUAUAGUUUGUACUUUCUCUAAAUAUGUAUUUUAUAUAUCAGUUUUAUUAUAGUUCUAUUAAUAUUUUGAAUAUUAGUUUAUAUUUUUAGUUUUUAUGUUAAUUUUAGGUACAUUUUUAGUUAUUUUGUUAUGUUUUUUUGUUUUUUAUUGUUUUUAUUUUAUAUUGCUAUUUAGGUUUAAUUCAUUUUUAUUGUAGUUUUUGUUUUUAUUUAUUUCCAGUUUUUCAACUUAAACUUAGUUCAGUUUAUUGCCAAGGCAAGAUUUCAAAUUUUUUUUUCUAAUUAAGUUUUUCAACUAAUAAUUAUAUUUUAUUUUAUUUUAUUUCAGCUUUAUUUCAGUUAACAGGAACAUUUUUAAUAGUUUAUAUACAUACAUAUAUACAUAUUGUAUGGACAAAAACAAAAAAAACAACACAGUUCCACAGAAGAGAGAAAGUCAUGUAGUUUUGCAUGGGAUAGAUUUGCGUAUUUGCAUAUUUGUAAUUGUAAUUUGCAAUGCAGACUUUUAUUAGAUUUACAAAUUAUGGGGGAAUUUUUUGUGCAUUUGUACUUACGAGGCACCACAUUUGCUGAAGUGGACCUGUCUUUGGCUCCGCCCACUGUAUCCACAUGUGUAACCUCACAAUGCCAGAGCUCAGAAACUUUCACACAUAAAGUUCUGACCCAUCAGCAGUGCUCCACCGUGUGCUCACCUUCGUCACAGACACCUGUCCUGCAGACUAAACAGAUAAGCUCAGUACAAAAGUGGUUCCUGGUAGACAUGGAGAGCUCCGUUGAGCAGACUCGCUGGGUAUCAUCCUCCAUGGUGGCAUCAGAGGUGAUGCCCACCUACCCAUCUGACUCCAGCUAUCUGGUCCACACUGAGGAUGGUUCGAUGUUCCCCUGCACCGACGCAGAUCACAGCAGCCUGCCCUCUGUGUUCACCAGCCCCAUCCAUGGCCGCCCGUCUGGAGCUUUUCAACACAGCCCAGUAUAUCCCGUUUACUCCUCUCCAUUCCUCGGCAACCUGUCCUGGCUUGAAGGUUCAAAUGGAUCCUCUCUAACCAACCUCUUCCCAUCAUCCCCAUCAUCCUGGCAUGGCAGUGCAUUUUCCAAGACGUCCUCCCCGUCCUUCCAUGGCUCCACGUCCCUCACCUCUGCCAGACCGCUCCGUUCUGCCCUUCCCUCCCCUAUCCUGGACCAAAAGGAGAGUGUGAAAGGAGAGCGGUUGAGUCCUCCUGGAGGAGGGGAGGCGUUUGGCGGGAUGUUUCCUCUGAACCCGUCAGUGAGUGGUGUGUAUGCUCAUACACAAUCCUCAAAAGCGCACUCGCAGUCACUGACCCACUACAGUCCCUACGGGAGCUUCACGCAAGAUUACAACAGUUCAGCUCUCUACGCGCCCUCGUCCUUCUCACCGAAUUUAUGCAGCAAGAUGAGAUUCUCCCCUUUAGAGACUCGUGAGUGUGUGAACUGUGGGGCCACUGCCACCCCUCUGUGGCGACGUGAUGGAACAGGCCACUACCUCUGCAAUGCCUGCGGACUGUACCACAAGAUGAAUGGACAGAACAGGCCUCUCAUCCGACCCAAAAAGAGACUGGUCAUCAGUAAGCGAAAAGGAACUCAGUGUGCGAACUGCCAGACCAGCAACACCACGCUGUGGAGACGCAACGCCAGCGGAGAGCCCGUGUGUAAUGCUUGCGGACUCUAUUUCAAGCUUCACAAUGUGAACAGACCACUGACUAUGAAGAAGGAAGGCAUUCAGACGCGCAACCGUAAAGUGUCCAGCAAGAACAGGAAGGGGAAGAAAUUUAGCACUGCAGAGGAGAAUCUGUAUUGUGAUUUUUCGAAGAAUCCUGCCUCUGAUCAGUAUUUCGACAUGUAUUCUCAGAGUCCAGGAGCUCUGGGGGUCUAUAGUCAUUCUUCCCAUUCACUGCCGCCCACAGCUACCUUCCACAGCCAUGCCACCCUGCCCUACCCAUACCACCCGUCGGCUGCCAUCUUACCCAGCAUGAUGUGAGAGGAACUGGACAAAAGACUAUGAGUUUUUGGAAAGCUGGAAGAAGUUGUACAAAACAAUCACACUUGCCCUGCCAUCUGUUUAGAUGCCAUUUGGACAUUAAAGUCACAAAUUGAAAAUAUCUGAAUGUCAUUACAUUAUAUAUCAAACCAGGUGGCGUUUAUUUUAAACAAAGACAGCACAAACACACUUUUCAAGUUUGGUAGGUUUGAAAAGCAUUUGUUUACAGAAGCCACUUAGUUUUAUAUUUUGCAGCUAACGCAAUGACAUUCGGACAUACACUACUGUUCACAAGUUUGGGGUCAAAGAAAUGAAUACUUUUAUUCAGCAAGGACGCAUUAAACUGUUUUCAUUAUUGAGAAUAAUCAUAAAUGUUUCUUGAGCAGCAAAUCAGCAUAUUAGAGUGAUUUCUGAAGGAUCAUGUGACACUGAAGACUGGAGUAAUGAUGCUGAAAAUUUAUUUUUUUAUUUUUUUAACUAAUAAUUUUUACUGUAUUUUUGAUCAAAUAAAUGCAGCCUUGGUGAGCAUGAGACUUCUUUGUAAAACAUUAAAAAAUCUUACCCCAAACUAUUGUACAGUAGUUUAUAUAUAGACUACAUUUAUUUUUUCAGUGUUUGUAACCACUUUUCUUUAAUCACUUUUUUUUAGCAUUUGUAAUUGUUGAAUGUUUUUAAAGUGUUUUACAGAACAUUAAUGUUGUUUACAAAUAAAAGUUUACCUAAAUCACCUUUU